CCUUUUAUAGACCAAAAAAUUAAUUUCCAGAUCCCAAAGCAUUGACCGUUAGGCAUGAAUUUAGGUGCCAAAGCAAUUCUCAGUGUUACUCAUACCAACUUUAAGUGGGAAAAUCAAUAAAUUGACUCCAUGAUCUGAUACUUGGCUAGCUUCUAAUACACUUCUGACGUGGCGAAUUCUCAUUCGUCAUACGUACACUAUAAAUUCUACAUCUCUCUGCUUCAGUGUCAUCAACCAUCCAAAGAGAGAAGAAACAGAGAGAGGUUUGAAUUUUCGAGAUGAUGAUGAUGAUGAAGUUCGGUUUCAUCAUUGUGGCUCUUUUAGUUGUGACCGGUGAGAUUUCAACUGAAGAAGUUUCACCGGCGAUUGAGCCUGAGCCAUCGUCGUCUCUGCCGCAAUCAGAAACCGAAAUGCCUCCAUCUCUUUCUUCACCAUCUGACUCCGAAAUGUCUCCAUCUCCGACGAUGUCUGAUGAUAACGAUUAUCCCUCUUCGUCUCAAUUUACAGAUUCCAGUGAUCUCAACUACCUUGAUAGUACCAGAACGGGAGGCGGUGAAAAUGGCGGCGGAGGAAAGAAGACCGGAAUCGUGGUUGGAGCGAUUUCAGCUGCGAGUAUGGUUGGAUUCAGCGGUUAUCUGUUGAAGAAACGGCGAGAGAACAUUCGUAGAUCGCGGUAUGGAUACGCCUCCACUGAAUUCUUCUGAUGAUUAUUGAAAUCGUCAUUGAUCUCUGAUAUUUAUUUUUCAAAAAAAAGUUUGGUAAAUAUGUGUUUGUGACUUUGUUCGUUCUUACAAUAUCUUAA